GAGAACCAGAGGAAAUGGCCUUCAGCUGAGACAGAGGAGACUCAGAUUAGCAGCAGAAAGGGAUGAUGCAGCAAGAACGGGACUUGUGAGAGCUCUGUCCUUCCUCUUGUCUCAAGCAGGCUGUGACUGUUCCCUAAUACAAGCCAAGUACUUCACCUGAGGACAGUCAUUACCUUUUUCCAUGCCAGCAGAAGAUAUUUCUGCCACCAUGCUCUGCCUGCCCCUCCAUGUUCUAGCUACAACAGCCAAUGUGGGCUUGCACCUGCACCGCUCUUGCCAGAGGCAUGGUGAACCAGAACCAGAACCACAGAACAGCUCUCAGGCACACGGGUGUGCGGUCGGCGGCGGGCCCCGAACGGUGCACGGAGGGCACGGGGCAGGGAAGCCGGAGCGGACACUGCUCCUAGAUGCGCACGGCUCCUGGAUGAGCACGGCUCCCGGCUCAGCACGGCUCCCGGCUCAGCUGGGCUCCCCGGGAAGGAGGAGCGCGGGCCGGCAGGGCGGCCGGCUGCCGUUCCCGGCGCGGGCCACGAGGUGGCUCCGCGCGGGUGACCCGGAGCCCUCAGAGGCCCCGGGGCCGCGCCGGCUGGGAGCACCGAGUCCGCGUUUCUCGUUCUGUCACAUUUCACAGGCGCUUGCUCAUCGCCGGGUCGGCCGGAGGACAGGCACACCCCUCCGUGCUUGGGAAAGAAGGAGGCGGCCUGAGGUGCCCGGGGAGGGUUCGGGCUGGGGUGAGGCCGGCGAGCGCCCGGCCCCGGGAGGUCACUGGCGGCUGCCGCCCUGCCCUCGCCUGCCCCCUGAGAGCGGGCGGCUGGUUUCCACGAUUCUCACCUUCCCUGCACACAUACGAUGUUUCCACUUUUAUGUCUACUUUGGUCGCAUUAAAAGUGCUAAUUUAACUCAGAAGUCGGAAAAUGGCCUUCAAACCUUGCUCUGUAACAUCUUUGCUUUGGAUGCAACAUCGAGGAAUCUUGUGGAAAAUGAAUAUGCAACCAGGAAUUAA